AUGCGCUCUUGGAGAGGUGUGUCGUUCAAACCUCCCCCCCCCCCAACACACACACACACGCACGCACACACACCGGCGGGGAUUUCCAGCUCCACAGAGAUGUUCAACUCGUCUCCGUCGGUCUCCACGCUCUUCUUCUCGGCGGCUCGCGGGGAUCAUCACGGGGAUGACGGCGGCGGUGGCGGCGGCGGCGGUGGCUCGUCCUCGCGCGCGUUCCGCGGCGGCGGCGGCCCCGGCGUGGAUGACGCGGCGAACGGCUCGUGCGGCGAGCGUCCGCUCGAGUUCGCGCCGGCGGAGAAGGUGGCCGUGGGGCUCGCGCUCGCCGCGGUCACGGCGGUGACGGUGAUCGGGAACGCGCUCGUGGUGGUCGCCGUGUGCGUGGUGAAGAAGCUCCGGCAGCCCUCCAACUACCUGCUCGUGUCGCUCGCCGCCGCCGACCUGUCCGUCGCGCUCGGGGUCAUGCCCUUCGCCAUAGCAACCGACCUCACCGGCGGCAAGUGGCUGUUCGGAGAGGCGUUCUGUAACGUCUUCAUAGGAAUGGACGUCAUGUGCUGCACCGCGUCCAUCAUGACUCUGUGCGUCAUCAGCGUGGACAGGUAUCUGGGUAUCACGCGACCUUUAACGUACCCGGCACGCCAGAACGGUCAACUGAUGGCGAAGAUGAUCUUCGGCGUUUGGUUGGUGUCGGCGUCCAUCACGCUCCCGCCGUUUUGCGGCUGGGCGAAGAACAUCAACGAGGAGGGAGUGUGUCUGAUCAGCCAGGACUUCAGCUACACCAUCUACUCCACCGCCGUGGCCUUCUACAUCCCCAUGCUCGUCAUGCUCUUCAUGUACUACAAGAUCUUCAAGGCAGCACGGAAGAGCGGCGCCAAGCAUCGCUUCGAAUCGGUGAGGAUGCAAGGGCUAAAGGCGCAGCAGCACCCGGUGGCCGAGGAGUGCGUGGCGCUCUCUCGGCUCCUCAGCCCCCAACGCCAGAACAUGUCCAUCUUCAAGCGUGAACAGAAGGCGGCGACGACGCUGGGCGUCAUCCUGGGCGUCUUCACCAUUUGCUGGCUGCCUUUUUUCAUCUUGACCACGGCGAGGCCGUUUAUAUGCGGCAUCGAGUGCAGCUGUGUCCCGAUCUGGAUCGAGAGGACGCUCCUGUGGUUCGGUUACGCCAACUCGCUGGUCAAUCCGUUUAUUUACGCCUUUUUUAACCGCGACCUGCGAUCGACCUACUGGGACUUGCUGCGAUGUCGUUACCGCAACAUCAACAGACGACUCUCGGCCGUCGGCGUACACGAAGCGCUGAAGUUUUGAAAUCGGACCAGGCUUCUCGUACACUAGGACACUUGAACUAACGCCUAGUCAGUGCCAGAUUUGGACCCUAUGUGGAGAUGGCUGUUGUUUUUUUUGUUUUGUUUUUUGAGGAAGACAGAUUUGACCACACG